CACUCUCUCUCUACAGUCAUGGACCCUUGAAAACCCCUUCAAAUCUCUCCAAAGGCAACGCGGCAAAAGGGAGCGUAGAGAUGAUAAUGAUAUGACGAUCAAGAGAAGAGCCGGAGUCUGGAGUUGUCUUCCAUUCUAUGUUCCUCUCUGGUGAUUGUCAGGUCGAUUUCAUCUUCUAUUGAACCCAUUUGAUGUUGAUUUUCCGGAGCAGUAGAAGACGUUAAAUUAGUGUUAAUAGAAGUUCUGAUAGAGGCUACUAACCACCAUGGCUCUGGCUGCAGUUCAUUUCAUCUGCCCAUCUUCUCUACUUUCUCCAAAGAUUGAAGUCAGAUUGCAAAAUCCAUGGCGUCUGAACUUAUCUGUUAUGGCACAGGAAUCGUCAGGAAACAAAAGUACUGGGAGACGGGUAUGGAGGCGAAGAAAACUGAUGAAGAAAGACGAGAAGGUGCGCUACAAGAUGGAACGUAUACCUUUCCUGGAAGAGCAAGUGAGAAGGAUAAAGGAAACAGGGGGACUCCUGAGUAUGGAUAUAGAGAGGCUAUUGCUAUCAGAAGACAACCGGUUUGAUUUUGUAAACGAAGUGGCAGCAGAAGCCAAAGAAUAUGUGGAGAACAACCGGGAUGAGUAUGGUGCCAAGAAAUCUAUCCUCCAUGUGCUUAGUAAUCGUGUGAAUGAUGCUGGCUUCUACCGUCCAGAAGCUUACAUGGAAUCUGACCCCUACAGACCUGGGCCUGAUUAUCUGAAAGAAGAACAAACUUGAGCUAUACAUGGUCUUCACUCCACAAAAAAAAAACAAGAAGAAGAAGAGAGAGAGGCUAUAUAUGAUCAUUGAUCUCUUACUGUUUCUGCUCUCUCCUUUCUCCAAUAUUGAGAUAAGAUUUCCUUGUUAAGCUAUAGACAUUGGUUUGAUAUUUUGUCAAGGUAUGUAUCCUUAUUUCUUUAUUUUUAAACUGUAAAAUUGAUGAAGAAGACUUAGCAGA